AUGACAUCUUCCGAAUCAGCCUCAAGCACGAGAUGGCAUUCCUUCUUGAUCUCAGGACUCUCCAUCUUCAUCUGUAUAUCCGUUUUCCGAUUGCUCACGCCCGAUACACUCAAUGGACGCCCUUCGGGCUCUGAGUAUUUCGGAACCUCGGGGCAUCAUCAUUACCACCCAAUUGAUCGUUUAGUGUUCGCCGCCCAGAACCGACUGCAUUAUUUUCACUUUCGACAAAGCCACAAUGUCACCAGUGCGGCUGAUCGCUAUCGCCUCCGUCGCGGCCGUCAUCCACCGCCUGGUUUUGACCAGUGGUUUGAAUUUGCGCAAGCUAGGAAUUCUGUCGUUGUGGAGGACUUCUUUGACCAAAUCUACAGCGAUCUGAGUCCAUACUGGGGAGUCGAACCGGCUGACUUGCGUCGCCAGGCGAGUGGCUUUGCGCCGUGUAUCACCGUGCGGGACCAUGUUUCCAGAGCUAUCGUCGACCUUGAAAAUAGCGACCGACUAGCUGCAUGGCAUAACCUGAUCUCCUCCAUUCAGGAAUACCUCCCGGACAUGGACAUCCCAUUGAAUACUAUGGAUCAGCCUCGGAUUGUCAUGCCCUGGGAAGCAAAGUCACAUUACGUGCGCAAAGACUAUUCCAGCCAACGAAUAUGGAACCCAGGUGAUGUGAUUUCGGAGUAUACGUCGUUACCCAACCCAGGCAUCGUGCAGCCGGAACCGUACCAGCCUGCGGUCAUUGACAUAGCCCCUUCGAGCUUCUGGGACGUGGUGCGGGAUGGCUGCUCGCCCGAUACUUCACCCCGGAGCACCUCUCUUCCCCAGAUCGACUUCUCCAGCCCUCCCUCCGAACUCGACAAUUACCUUCACAUGCUCCAAGAUGGCUACGUCAGUAACUGGCCUCAGUCCAAGGACCCAUGCGCCCGGCCAGAGCUACAGGUUUUGCAUGGUACAUUUAUCGAGCCGAACGCCGUCUCUGUUACCCACGAGCUGUUCCCUCUGUUCGGCGACUCAAAAUUAUCUGUGAAUAAUGAAAUUUUACUUCCUUCGGCCAAUGACUGGGCGAGUGAAGAUGGGCCCCCUUCUGAGCAAACAACUGAGGAGGAUUGGAAUCUCAAGAAGGCAAUGGUAUUCUGGCGCGGUCCGGCGACCGGAGGCCACAAUCGCGAAGAGAAUUGGACUGGUUUUCACCGACAUCGUUUCGUCUCUAUGAUGAACGCAACGACAGUCGAACAGGCGGAUCUUGGUCGAUCCUAUUUGAACUUCCGGCUUCCAAGCUACCAACAUUACCAACUCGCCGCUGGCAUCGAAGGCGAGCUUCCCCAGUACCUAGCAAACUACACCGAUGUCGGCUUUACACAUCUCGACUGCGACGGCUUCGAACCCUCUGACCCGCAUUGUCCAUACACGGAGGACUAUUUCGGACCCGUAGCAGACUUUUCAUCAACUAGACAUUACAACUACAAAUAUGCGCCCGAUCUAGACGGUGACUCGAGCAGUGACCGGUUCCGCCAACUCCUUCUCUCAACAUCCCUUCCCCUUAAGUCGACCGUGUACAACGAAUGGCACGAUUCGCGUCUUCUUCCCUGGGGGCAUUUCAUCCCCAUGGAUUCCACUUUCAUGGACGUUUAUGGUAUUAUGGAGUAUUUCCUUGGGUUUGGCGAGGACGAAGGUCAUGAUUCGACGGCAGAGAAAAUUACACUGGACGGUAAACGCUGGGCCGAGAAAGUCCUUCGAAAAGAGGACAUGCAGAUCUACGUGUAUCGCCUGCUAUUGGAGUAUGCACGUCUUUGUGAUGAUCGGCGCGAGUUCCUCGGAUUCGUGGCCGAUCUCCGACAGGCGUCAAAAUAG